UUUAUUUAUUUUUUGUGAAAUGUUAAUGCGCUGAGAUUUGUGCGUAUUUUUGUAUUUGUUUUGAAUACCUAUAGUCCUUAUUCAAAUAUCAAAAACAAAAGUAACUUUUUCGGUAAUCAAAUUAUUCUGUUAAGUGAUAGUUUCAGUUUGAGAUUAUAUUUAAUAAAUAAAACAAAACACAACAGCAGCCAAGUAAGCUCGAUCACAAAAGAAGUCAACUGUAAUGCUAAAAAUGGACGAGCAGCCAGAGAAGCCAACCACCACUUAAUCAUACAAACGUAACUAAAGAUAACCAGUUCUGUGAUCCCCAACCCAUGAUAGAUCUCCUACGAUAAGUGACGAUAGUUUUAAGAAUACCUUUAAAACGGACGAUAAACUUGACACAGUAAUUAACGCUGUAAAAAUUAAUAAAUAAUUUAAUACUGAUGCUAUAACAUAGAUAGUUGAUGAAUAAUAUAGAGAGGAAGUUGAUGGUAAUAAGAGUAUAGACAGAAUAAAAGAUGCCAGCGAUAUUGUCGAAGAUUCGAGAGCAGGCGUCGAGGGUGCAGCCUUCGUUGGCCGUGGGGGUUGGCGUGGGGGUGGCUCUGGCUGCUUGCGCCCUGUACAGCACCAGGGAAAAGAAGCAAGCCCCGCCCUGUCACAAUAAUAAUAAUUAUAAGGUGUCAAAGAACGGGAAGCUGCAAGCAGUUGAGAAUGGCAAUGCUGUUUCGGAGUGCGGGGGGCGGUGCGGGGCGGAGCAGUGUGCGCUGUGUAGAGGGGACGCCGACACGGAUAACAAACAGAAUAUUGAAGACGCGGACGAAACGCUAUCAGCACAAGAGGAGCACGUGCCAGGUCUGAACCUGGAGUUCCUCAGGCAGCUGGUGACGCUGGCCAAGAUCAUGGUGCCCGGAGUCAGGAGCCACGAGGUGGCGCUGCUGUCCGCGCACACCCUGUGUCUGUUCACGAGGACUUUCCUGUCUAUUUAUGUGGCUUCUUUGGAAGGUUCCAUUGUGAAACACAUAGUCCAGAAAGACAUGCGUCGCUUCGCAGCACUCCUCCUCCAAUGGUUCGGCAUCGCCGUACCUGCUACCUUCAUCAACUCCAUGAUCAGAUACCUUGAAGGCCGCCUAGCGCUUGCCUUCAGGACACGAUUGGUGAACCACGCCUACGAGUUAUACUUCAAGAAUCAAACAUAUUACAGGGUAGCUAACUUGGACGGCAGGAUCGAAAAUGCUGAUCAUAGACUAACAGAAGACGUGUCCGUGUUCACGCAGUCUGUGGCGCACCUGUACAGCUCUCUGACCAAGCCCUGCUUCGAUCUGCUGCUCAUCGUCCUCACCCUGGCUUCCUACUCCAGCAAGAUGAAGGGCAACAUCUUCUUGGGUCCGGGCAUAGCCACGGUGGUGAUCUGCCUGACGGGGCAGCUGCUGCGGCUGCUGAGCCCGCGCUUCGGCGCGCUGGCGGGCGAGGAGGCCCGCAUGAAGGCCAACCUGCGCCACGUGCACUCGCGGCUCAUCGCGCACGCGGAGGAGGUCGCCUUCUACGGCGGCCACAAGGUGGAGCUGGGCCAGCUCCAAUCCGCCUACCAAGAACUCGUCGCCCAAAUGACGUCGGUCUUCAACAAGAAACUGUGGUACGUGAUGCUGGAGCAGUUCUGCAUGAAGUAUGUCUGGUCCGGGACCGGCAUGGUCAUGUUGGCUCUGCCCAUACUCACCGCCACCGCCCGACACGGGUCAGGAGAAGAGAGUAUCAGCUCCCGAACAGAGUACAUGACUACGUCUCGCAACCUGCUCAACUCUGCUGCCGACGCCAUCGAGAGGCUUAUGUCUAGCUAUAAGGAAAUAGUGACGUUGGCGGGGUACGCGACCCGAGUGUCUGACAUGCUGACGGUGUUCGGUGAAGUCGCGCGCGGGCGCUGCGUGCGCCUCGUGCACAUCGCGGGUGCGCCGCACGCCGGCUUCCAGGUCACCUUCCGGGACAACCAACCCGUGCCACAAGGCAAGAUAAUCUAUACAAGCGAUUUAUCAAUCCGUCUCCGUAACGUCCCGAUCGUGACGCCGGCGUGCGACGUCGUGGCCAGCGGACUCAAUCUGGACAUUGCGCCUGGUACCCACCUGCUCAUCGUGGGACCCAACGGAUGCGGGAAAUCCAGUCUGUUCCGCAUAAUAUCCGGCCUGUGGCCCGUGCACGGCGGUGAGCUGUGGGUGCCGCGGCCGUGCGAGUGCGCGUACUGCACGGACGAGGUCACCGACCAGGACCACUGCACCACCAGGCCCAUCAUGUUCUACAUACCGCAGAGGCCCUACAUGUCAAUGGGUUCCCUCCUCGACCAAGUGACGUAUCCCUCUCGCGUGAUCGUGGGCUCAGCCGACGCCGUCACGGCCGAGGCCCGGGCGCUGAAGAUCCUGAAGCUGGUGCGGCUGGACACCAUGGCCGGGAGACACGGGGGGCUGAGGGCCGUGAGGGACUGGAGGGCCACGCUCUCCGGCGGGGAGAAGCAGAGGAUGGCUAUGGCUAGGAUGUUCUAUCACAGGCCGGUGUACGCCCUCCUGGACGAGUGCACGAGCGCGGUGUCGAUGGAGACGGAGGUGGUGAUGUACGAGGAGGCUGUCAAGGAGGGAAUCACGCUCCUCUCGAUCACACACAGGCCCAGCGUCUGGAAAUACCACACGCACGUUCUAGAAUUUGACGGCGCCGGUAGCUGGGCAUUCAGACCACUAGAGAAAGACGCCCCGGCCAUCACACCCCCGCCACUAUCCAUCACAGCUAACACAAACGCAACACCUAACAAUACUAAUAUUGGCAGCAAUCUAGCUAAUAACGCGGCAGAGACGAGCGAACACUGAGACUUGCCAAAAUUAGGAAAAAAUAUGAUUAAUUAGCUUUUUUUAACACUUUUCCAUGUAUCUUUACACCAAAAAUAACAGGCCGUUGCGCGACUUUGCUAUUUACAUCUCAACAUCGCGUCGAUUCGCAGUGAGACGCAGUUAACCAAUCACAGUGCGCCAUUGUGACGCAACGACGACCACACCGCAAUGUGAUUGGUUCGCUGCGUCUCACUUCGAAUCGAUUCUAUAGUGAGAAGUGAAAUGUAAACCCGCAAUUUCCUCAGUUUGAUUUUUGAGGUAAAAGAAGGACAAACAUACUUUUACAUAUGUAAUAUUUAUAAGUAUUGAUUCGAAUGUUUGUGACGAUUUACGAUUCUUACAGAUGAAUGAAAUUAUAUCACAAAGACCGACAUCUUACGAAUAUAUGUUUCUCAUUUGAAUAUAACGGAAAACGCGGCGUAGAUGGCAGCACCAACACAAUCCAUGGUGAACAGGUCAAUAACAUUUGUCAUUCUGUCAUUGUCAAUGUCAAAAUAAACUGUUGACAUCCUAUACUGUAUUCUGGUAUGAUGACUGCAGCAACAUUUGGCAGAAUAAUUAAGAGGAGCCACGAAAUUAAAAAAAAAGACGAAUGUCAAGAUUAAGAGCAAAAAUUUGACAAAAGAACAAUGAUUUAUACUUUAAUCGCGUAUAAUAUGUUGACUUAAAUACAAAAUUACGAAGCACGCAACAAGUUGUAAAAUAUAAGAUAAUUUUUGGUUCAGACAAGUAUGUCUGAAAUUUAUCUAUUAAAAAUAUAUGAAUCAUUCACAAUAUAGCUAUAGGAAUAUCAUCACACAUUUUCGCGUAUUGUCUCUAAAUUUAUACAGGGUUUUUUUCGGUUAAUUUUUUAAAGAAGUUAUAAAUCUAGAUUGUGAUAAGUAGAAAGGUUAUUAAGGUUAUUAUACAAAAUUUUUAGUGACUAUAGUGACAAUCUCUAGGAAGAUUUACCAGACCAAUAUAAUGACAACAAUCGCUCUUAUCAGGUUACUGGUGUCCAUAUGGGCAGCGGUGUUUGCUUACCAUCAGGCAACACGGAAACUCGUUCGCCUGCUAUGCUAUAAAAAUAAAUGUUAUAAAAGAAACAAUGUAGUGUCUUUUAGAUAUGUUAUGUCGUUUAAAAUACGGCCACUAUAAUAAAUAACAUUUAAAGUAGAAAUUGGCUAUCCGAAUUAGUUUAUUUACCUAUAUGGCAAUGUAUAAUGUUUAUGUGUUAAAAGACUACGGAACAAUAAAAAAGAGAAAGAAAAAGUAAUAAAAACUCAUUUUUUUAUUGUUCCGUGAGAUAAACAUUAUUGACGUUUUAGGCUAAAGAAUAACACGUCACGUUCAGUCAAAGCUAUAUUAAAAUCUUUGUGUCGUUUAAUUGACAACCUCUAAUAUAUGAAAUUAAUUCCAGUAGGUACGUUACAUCAAUAAAACUUAAUUUUAAAUUAAGAAAACAAUGGAAAAAGAAAACAAGUAAUAUUUAUAUAUUACAAUGUUGCCACACUUAGAAAUUGGCGUAAUGAUCAAAGUGUUACCAGUGUAAAUACUUUUUCAAAGUUUUUAUUCUAUGGAAUCUAAAUCACAAAAACUUUCUAUGAUUCUUUUGUAAAUGAUUGUACAAUUUCAAUUCUUAGAUUUUAUGUGAGAUUAAUAAAAAAAAAAUGGCUGUCACUAUAAUUAUAAUUUUUUAUAUUUUAUAAUUUGUUUUCAUAUUAUUAUUGAAAAUUCUAUAUUUUAAUUUAUUUUUAAAUGUGUUGGUUUGUACAUUCGGGCGUUAUAAUAGCUGUUUGUGUCGUCGUAAUGACGUUUAUGUUUUUGCUCCCGAGUCUACCUGUGUGUAUUGUAUAAUUGUAAAUAAAUAUAAUUUGUGUAUAUUACUUUCGCUAGGUUCUGAUGGAAAUAUGAAGAGAUGAAAUAAAAAGGGGUUUAAAUAAU